AUGGAAGGAUCGGCAGACAACACUGCGUCCCAGAUCUGCACUCUGAUCAUGGCCUUUGCACUUCACUCCGAGGUUCAGGAGAAGGGAUGUGAAGACGUCGAUGCUGUGUGUGGUACCGAGAGAUCACCCAAGUGGACGGAUUUCCAGAAAAUGCCGUACGUGAACGCCAUUGUGAAGGAGGGAAUGCGCUGGCGACCAACAUCGCCAACCGCCCUUCCUCACGCCCUGAAAGAAGAUGAUUGGUAUGAAAACAUGUUUAUUCCCAAAGGCGCCAUUAUCCAAAUCGCCUCUUGGGCCAUGCACCAUGACGAGAACCUGUUUAAGAACGAAGAGGCCUUAACCUAG